GCUCCAGCGCGACAGGAUGCUGCCGCUACUGUCCCCCCUGCCGCCGCCGCUGCCGUUGCUACCGAUUUUGCUUUUGCUCCUUCUCCCGCGCGACGGUUGUUUCCCUCGUCUGGGCAGACACCAGCCUCAGACGCCCAAGUAAUGGACUGUGAUAGAGUUAAGGCCUUUCGGAGGUGAGCUGCUUGAGAGCUGGUGCUUAAACAUGUCUGAAGUAGCUGCCGACACUUUCCCCAGCCCCUCAGCUCAGCUGAGGCCUGACGCGUCUCUCGAGGGGCUCCCGGCUGAGGAGGACAUGCCGGGGACCCAAGGGGAGGACAGGCGGGUCCAGGGCAUAGCAGGCCUUGCCGCUACCUGCUGCGUGUGCCUGGAGGCAGAGCGCCUGAAGGGCUGCCUCAACUCCGAAAAGAUCUGCAUCGCCCCCAUCCUGGCGUGCCUGCUCAGCCUCUGCCUCUGCAUUGCCGGCCUCAAGUGGGUCUUUGUGGACAAGAUUUUUGAGUAUGACUCUCCCACCCACCUUGACCCCGGGAGGAUAGGACAAGACCCAAACGGUGCUGUGGAUGCUACAGCCCUGCCUGCCUGGGUGCCUUCGGAGGUGUACACCUCGCCUUUCCCCGUAACUAGCCCCGAGAGCAAGGCUGACGCGACCGUGCGAACGGACAGCUCGCUGGUGCCCUCCAAAACCUCCCUCCAGCCCACCCUGUAUAGCCGCAUCCUCCAUGUCGGGUUGCUGUCCUCGGCCGCGCCUUCGCUGCCACCGCCCGCCCGGGAGCCUACCACUGCGUCCCAGGCGCAAGCGACAGAAACCAACCUGCAAACCGCUCCGAAACUCUCCACUUCUACAUCUACAACUGGGACAAGUCAUCUCACAAAAUGUGACAUAAAGCAGAAAGCCUUCUGUGUAAAUGGGGGAGAGUGUUACAUGGUUAAAGACCUCCCAAACCCCCCAAGAUACCUGUGCAGGUGCCCAAAUGAAUUUACUGGUGAUCGCUGCCAAAACUACGUAAUGGCCAGCUUCUACAAGCAUCUUGGGAUUGAAUUUAUGGAAGCUGAGGAACUGUACCAGAAACGGGUGCUGACCAUAACUGGCAUUUGCAUUGCUCUUCUAGUAGUUGGCAUCAUGUGUGUGGUGGCCUACUGCAAAACCAAGAAGCAGAGGAAGAAGUUGCAUGACCGCCUCCGGCAGAGCCUGCGCUCGGAAAGGAACAACAUGGUGAACAUGGCCAAUGGUCCACACCACCCCAACCCACCGCCAGAUAACGUCCAGCUGGUCAAUCAGUACGUUUCAAAAAACGUAAUCUCCAGUGAGCAUGCAGUUGAGCGAGAAACAGAGACCUCGUUUUCCACAAGCCACUACACCUCAACCACGCAUCACUCCACGACAGUCACCCAGACCCCCAGCCACAGUUGGAGUAACGGCCACACCGAGAGCAUCCUCUCCGAAAGCCGCUCUGUGCUGGCCAGCUCCUCCAUGGAGAACAGCCGCCACGCCAGCCCCGCGGGGCCCCGGGGACGCCUCAACGGCAUCGGCGGGCCGCGGGAGAGCAGCGGCUUCCUCAGGCAUGCGAGAGAGACCCCCGACUCCUACCGAGAUUCUCCCCACAGCGAAAGGUAUGUCUCAGCAAUGACCACACCAGCUCGCAUGUCGCCAGAAGAUUUCCACACGCCGACUUCUCCCAAGACCCCCCCUUCCGAAAUGUCUCCACCGGUUUCCAGCUUGACCGUGUCCGUCCCUUCAGUGGCGGUAAGUCCCUUUGUGGAAGAGGAAAGACCGCUGCUCCUGGUGACCCCACCACGACUACGGGAGAAGUAUGACCACCACCUUCAGCAGUUCAACUCCUUCCACCACAAUCCUGCCCACGAGAGCAGCAGCCUGCCACCCAGUCCUCUGCGGAUCGUGGAGGACGAGGAGUACGAGACAACACAGGAGUACGAACCAGCACAGGAGCCUCCAAAGAAACUCACCAACAGCCGGCGGGUAAAAAGAACAAAGCCCAAUGGUCAUGUUUCCAGCAGAGUGGAAAUGGGCUCCGACACAAGCUCAGAGAGCAGCACCUCUGAGAGCGAAACAGAAGACGAGAGAAUAGGCGAGGAUACACCUUUCCUGAGCAUACAGAACCCCAUGGCCGCCAGUCUGGAUCCGGCCACCGCGUACCGGCUGGCUGAGAGCAGGACUAACCCGGCGAAUCGCUUCUCCACACCAGAAGAGUUGCAAGCAAGGUUGUCCAGUGUAAUAGCUAACCAAGACCCUAUCGCUGUAUAAAACAUAAACAAAACACAUAGAUUCACAUGUAAAACUUUAUUUUAUAUAAUGAAGUAUUCCACCUUUAAAUUAAACAAUUUAUUUUAUUUUAGCAAUUCCGCUGAUAGAAAACAGGAGAGGAAAAAAAAAAAACUUUUAUAAAUUAAAUAUAUGUAUGUACAAAUGUGUUAUGUGCCAUAUGUAGCAAUUUUUUACAGUAUUUCAAAAAUGGAGAAAGAUAUCAAUGGUGCCUUUAUGUUACGUUAUGUUGAGAGCAAGUUUUGUACAGUUACAAUGAUUGCUGUCCCAUAGUAUUUUGCAAAACCUUCUAACCCUCACUUGUCCUGGCUUUUUUGCGCACUGCAUUAUAAUGACUGGAUGUAUGAUUUGCAAGAAUUGCAGAAGUCCCUCUAUUUGCUUGUAGUAGAAUUCCCAAAUCAAAAAGCCCUGUAAUGGCACUCCCACCCUACCCACCCCACCAGAAAACCACAAAAAAUACCAAAAAAAACAAAAACUGAAAAAAAAGAAAAAAACUGUUUUCUUCUAUAAGAAGUUUUAUUUGCUUUUCGUAUAUGAAAUGAGUUUUGUCUGCUCUAUGCCAGCCGAAAGGUUUGCUUCAUUGAGCACGGGGAUAUAAGUAGAUAAAGCAGCAUGCUACUAUUAAUUACAGCAGGAUAACAAAAAACCUGCAUUAAAUAAUGUUACUUAUAGAAAGAAAGUAAUACUGUGAUUUUAAACCAAAUAUAUUAUUAAUCAGAGGUCAGCUUAUACUCACUAGGAGCUGUCAUUUCAUUAUUUUCCAAAUAUUAAUUGUUCUAGUUAUCCCUUAGGAAAUGGGUUCAGGUUAGCUGAGGCUUUGAACCCAAUACUCUAUUAAAAAAAAAGAAAAAAAAGGAAAAAAAAGAUUUCUAUUAGUUUAAGUUAAUGAGGCAAAUAUUAUAGCAGAUAUCUGUAACCAAACAAGGAAGAGAUCUAGCUGGAAAACAAAUGCCACUAAUAAAAGUGCAAUCAGUUUUCACCUCUAUUUUUUAAUGUUGAUUUUUAAUAGAUUAUUUAUCCUUUUUUUUCCCCCUCCAAAUUUUCUCCCCUUUCUUCCCCUCCUCAAAAAAAGAACCCUGACAAGCUUCUAGCAAUAACUUGUUAGCGUUGCUGUUACAGUAGUAAGAACAAUUCCUGGACACAAAAGUGAUUUUCAGGGAAGAACUGAUUUGCUGAAUGGUUAAAAAGCGUAGACAGUAGAAAGGACAUAGCAGAAGUAUGGAGUUAAUUUCUAGUCGCCUUUAUUGGUUCAACUCUUUGAGGGGAGGGGAGGCAAGGCUGAUGCAAAGCCCGUUUAUGAAGGCAAGCACACCAUGAGGGUUACAGCCGUACUGUGCACUGGUAUCUGCUACGGAUGUUCAUACGACCAGUGAUGGCCUUAGAGUCUUGGACUGGCAAUGAACAAAGUGCUGUCAGUGCUGGAACGGUUGCACCCUUCCGGAUAGAAGCAAACGGCCUCUUUUGCACUGAAUUCCUAUCAGUUUAGUCAGGGUCACUCUGCCUCUUCUCUUUGUUUGAUUUUUGUUGUAUGUUCAGUUGGCACAACACAGACUCAGGAUUGAUGUGGAAAACAAAUGUUUUGCCUGGACUCUGGGGAUUCUGAAAAUGAGAACAUAUGUUCUACAGGUAUUACUGGACUCUAAAUAAGAGCCAUGUCAAGAGAAAUUUCAGCCAAACUACACUCAUCCUUUGGGCCACGUUCUGGUCCCAGUUAAAUGAAGAGAAAUAAGUCAAGGAAAUUUUGUCAGAUGUAAACCAGAGGAGCUAAGGUCUUGACUCAGUAAAUUGUUUGAGCAUAUGCUUAUGUUAAUCCCAGCAAAACUUAUCUUCAGCAUGUGCUAGACUCCUAUUGACACAUCGUGGGUAUGCGUAAAGUUAGGCAUGUGCUUAAGGGUUUUGCUGAACAAGGUGUCCUAUAGAUUUGAGAGCUAGUGGCAAAGUCUAGUAAAUGAGGCUAUUCAUCAGGGUGAUGAAAAUCAGUGACUUGGUCACUGUAUAGACUAACCAUAUCAUGCUAAUAAGAGUGUGGAGGAGUUUAUUUGACCACCAGAACCAGCAGAAAAAAAAAAUAAAUAAAACUUUAGAAAGGGAAGAAAAUGAUGACAAAGUUGGAAGCUAGGAUGUUGGUGGAGGAAGCCAAAGACUGUCUAGCUCAGCUUUGGGCUACAUAAUACCUGAAACAGCACUGCUUAUUUGAGAAGCCUCUGGGAGACUGCCGUUUGUCAUCUACAUACUGCCGGGACUCAAGUCCCCUCUUGCCAUUUUCCCCUAGGUGGCAUGUACUUGACUACACCUUGCUUUUGCAUUCCCUCAACACCAAAACAAGAGCUCUGUUUAAAUUCCAGAUACCAUACAUUCAUUUUCAGCUCUUUAAUCAAGUCUAUUUAUAUGCAGUCCCAUGCAUACCUCCCCGGUCACUCUGCAGCCCAGUAGUACAGAGGGCCAGGUAGACUUUCCUGAUGCCUAACCAGCUGCAGAUGACAAGUUUCCAAUAGACUUGUGCUGUUGAGUUACCAGAGGCUCUUAAAAAUCCAUCCUUUCAAUAAGAUCUUUUAUAUCUCAGAUGCUUACAGAAUGCUUACAAACGUGACAAGACAGGAAAAGGAUGGCAGAGAAAGAAGUGAUUUGUCCAAAAUCACUCAUCUUAGUGGCAGAGUAGAGAUUAUUGCCCAGGGCAUUUGUAAUCUCCUCCAGUAUAGAUCACCCAUGGGGUCAGCUCACAUUGAGGUGGCUGUCAUAACCUAGACAGGAUGGAGAGGAAAUUUACUUCAAAGUGGAGUAAGUUAUUUGAAUUUACCGAAACUGUUAUUGACUAUAGAGGGCCGAUAGAAAAGGAGGGAGCCACUGUAUGUCUGGAGCAGUAUCUGUGGCAUUUAUUUAGCCUGGCUCUAGUGCAAAAUGUCACACCUCUCCUGUUACAGUGCCUCGAAGUCAAAGUAGUGUCCAAGCUCCUACUCCUUCCCCUACACAUGGUAGUGCACUAUAGGGUAUAAGCUAGCUUGAAAGCUGGGGCCUUCAAAUGGACCUAAGACCAAAGAAAUACAAUUGGGGAUCUGGCAGCCUGAGCCCUUAGGUCUUUGGGGAGAACCCAGCCUUACAAUACAAUUCAUGCAACAGCGAGUAACAGGAGUUUCCCUGGCUUGGCACUCACUGAACUGGGAGCAGAACGUGGCCCCAUCACCUCUGCACUUACUUUUAGCAUAUUGUGGGAAUGAUAGGCGUCUGCUUCAGCCAAGUCCUCACCCCAAAGUCAGCAGCUUUAUAUGGAUCCAGGCUCUGCUGACAGGCUGCAGCCAGCCCGUACUGGGCUUGACACUAAGGGAGCAAACUGCACGUAGGGAGCAGAGCCAGCAAGUCCGUAAGGGACAGGCCAGCUCCUCUAUUGGGGAUAAUUGCUCCAUUUCCCAGACCUCUGUGCUAGGGCCUUUACCCUCGGGCCAGCACUGUGUAAGCCUUGCCAACCUUUGGCUGAGAAUCACGGCAAGGAGAAAUGUGCUUUGAAGAGGGGUAAAGUAUUACAGAGGCUGUGAAGUUGUUCAAAUUGUCGUGGUUUCCAUGUUAUUUAACUUAGACUGUGGGUUUUCUCUGUGUGUAUGAGUGUGUGUGUGUACGUGUGUGUGUGCGUUUAUAUGCAGAAAUUCUCCAUGAUUAAAAGGCUCCCUUCAAGGGCGCGUAGUUGGAAGAUGCUGUGCACAACUUGGUACAGCUUGUCUGUUUAGCUGGUGUUAAUCAGUACAGCAGCACACAAGCCCAUUUUCACCAGUGAAAAACUUAGUCCUUCCUCUUGGCUCGGUGAUUCCCUCCCUCACCUGAGCCACCUCAACACCCUCUGGACUGAGAGAAAAAUCACUGACUCUAUCAAGAAAACAGUGAAUCUCCUUCUCUUUCCAGUCCUCCAAAACAACCCUGCAUCUCCCUGCUUCUCUCCAGCCACUGUAUCGUCACACACAUCACAAGCAGUUACUUGUGCAUCCCGGAUAGCAAACUUGUGUUCCCUCAAUGGACACAUCUCCAGCAGUUGAACAUAAGCAAAGCCGCUUCUCAGUCCUGCAGCGUGGCUACAUACCAACAACUUGGACUUACUUCCGAUAAAAAAAACAGUACCUAUGAAAUGCUGCAGAGAAAAGCAGACAAAGAAAACAGCCACAUGUCAUCAUUUGUAAUUCUCUGCUCUACUGUAAAUGCAUCUUGUACAUACUUG